AUCGAGAGCACCCAGCUGGAGUGACGCCACUUCCGCGACAAUAGGGUCAGCGUGACUGAUUUAUCAACAAUAACAAGAUCUGCACGGAACUGUUUGGCGAUCAAAGGCUAUAAAUGAGAUGACGUCUUAAUCUGAAGGUUAGGAGACGCUGCUCCUUCAAUUGCUGUCAUCUCUGAAAACUGACUACGCUGAGGAAAGCCCAGUCUCUUUGCUGUUUUGCAGCCACAUUUAAUUUGUUUGAGCCCUGACACUCAAAAGACAAAUUACUUUUGAAGUAAAAGUAGACGUUAUUUUAUGGCACAGCUGUGACUGUGGACCAGUGAGAACAAAUCGCACAGCAGCAGUUGUGGUGUGAGCUGGUGCAAUGGAAGCUUCUGAGAUUGAAGGCCGCACCUUCAUGCAAGCGAUCAGUGAGAAGUACAGCCCAGAAAACUUCCCUUGCCGUCGGGGUCCAGGCUUGGGGGUCGUGGUUGUGCCGUCUAGACAGCAGGGAUCACCUAUGAAAGACCGUCUGAACCUGCCCAGCAUUCUGGUUUUGAAUGGCUCUGGAAUCAGUCAUGCAGGAGAAGAGGGAGAGAUUGCUGCCUUCUGUACUCAUGUAGUUGAACUUGAUCUGUCCCACAACAAGCUCCAAGACUGGCUUGAGAUCAGCAAGAUUGUUUCUAACAUCCCUAACCUGGAGUUCCUGAACCUCAGCUCUAAUCAGCUGAGUGAUGCAGUCUUGGAGCCAGACUGCGCAAAGACCUUCUCUAGCAUCCGCCGCCUCGUUCUUAACAAUACCCAGGUGUCCUGGGACACAGUGCACACAUUCACACGAGAGAUGCCUGAACUAGAGGAGCUGUUCCUGUGCCUUAAUGAGUACACCACUGUGACACCGGCCACCAUGCCCUGCCCCACACUGCGUCUGCUCCACAUCACAGAUAAUAGUCUCCAGGAGUGGAGUGAAGUACGGAAAUUCGGCUCCAUGUUCCCUGCACUGGACACUCUGGUCAUGGCCAACAACAACCUAAACUCCAUUCAAGACUCGGGUGAAAUCCUUCAGCGGCUCUUCCCUAACCUUCGAAGCAUCAAUUUGCAUAACGCAGGACUUAAUAGAUGGGAGGACAUUGAGAAGCUAAACUUUCUGCCCAAACUGGAAGAAGUGAGGUUGCAAGGCAUUCCUCUACUUCAGGCUUUCACGAGCAUGGAGCGUCGCAGUCUAAUGAUAGCCCACCUGCCGUCAGUGAACUCUCUGAAUGGGAGUGUCGUAACAGAUUGUGAGAGAGAAGAUGCUGAGAGAUUCUUCAUCCGUUAUCACUUGGAUCAUUCAGAGGAAGAGCUGCCUCACAGAUAUCACUGCUUGGUAACCAAAUAUGGGAAACUGGCUCCUCUGGCUGAGAUUGACCUGAGACCACGUUGCCACGCCAAGGUUGAGGUGCGCUAUGAAGACAAAGUACAGCAGUUGAGCAUCCGUCUGGACCAGACUGUCGGAGAGCUGAAGAAGCAGCUGAGGACUGUUGUGCAGCUCUCCUCCAGCAAUAUGCGCAUUUACUACAUCGACAAGGAUUCUGCCUUCGGCCCUGAUGAGUUGAAGUACAGCACACGGGCCUUGCACUCCUACAGCAUUCAAGACGGGGAUGAGAUCCUGGUAGUUCCCAAAACAAAAUAACUGUCUUUCUCCAGGAUCACAAAAAGCUAUAUUUAAAUAACCAAAUCAACUAGCACCAUCUAAGCUCCAUAGAGUGAGUGGGAUUGUCUUUUCAGGGAAAAACUCCUAAGAUUUGCUGGAGCUUCAGUAGUAUUCAGUCGGCACAUAACGUGUCAUGUCGCUAAGAAACACCAUGACUUGUGUGCUCCUUUGGUUUUGUUGCUGUUGUUAAGGAUUAACUUUUUGUUUUUAGACUUCACAAGCACCCCUGUAUUUUCAAACACCUGUUUCUUCAAAAAAUUAAGCACAGCGGAGGGCUCUGGCAGCCCAGGAUGUGCAGAGUUUAAGACAAUCACUCACAGCUGAAAGAAAAUGUUGCACUGCACUGAUGUCUUAAAGAAGAAACCGUGGAUAUCCAUUGCCUGCUGAUCUGUGUUGUAUGCUGUCAGCCAUUAAUUACAUGCAAAAGACUCUCAGGCCUUAUAUAUUGUAUGGGCAGUGCUAGAUUCACAUGAGGAAAGAUUUGUGGAACAUCUUAUUCAUAAAUGUUUUUAAAUGUCCAGUUCAUUUUUAUAAACUGAUUGAAGAAUCCAGAAAAUGAAUUGCUGAGUACGUACAUGGAUGCAUGUGCUGUUUAAUUGUGGAUUUAAAAUUUUCUUUUUUUUUCCUUUUAAAAAAAAAUUUGUUGGUACUUUCUCUGCUGGUUUGUAAGUAGGCCCCUCAAAAUUGUACCUCCAAUACAAAGCAUCCGCUUGGAAAAGUGCUUAUCCUCAUUUCACUGGUAUCCAGAUUACAGAGUGUGUUGAUUUGGAUAUUUUACUCUCAAAAUAAUGAGAUCUGUUAAGUGACAGAAUAUCACAAUAUCACAAUAAUCCACAAGUAAUUAGCUGCCUGUUUGUAACAAACAGAUUCAUCCUAAAGAAGAAAUUGCCUUCUCCAGUGAAAAAGUCAUCUCUUCUGUAUCAGGAGAUAUGUGCAUGUUUCUCCUGAUUCAGGCAAGAUUAUUUUUCAAGCACCAUUUAUAAGUGAAAAGAGUCCAAAACAGUUCUGAACUAUAUUUUAAUGUGAGAGGACAACAGGGAAUGGAUGUCUUGAGUCAUGUGGAUUACUUGUAGAUUAUUGUAAUGUUUUAUCAGCUGUUUAAACUGUCAUUAUGAAGAUCCAUUAGUAAGCAGUUGCUGUGAUGCAAAUUUCUUCCAAAUCUUUUAUUUUAUGAAAUUAAAAAUUGUAUUAAAUGUAUGCAUUUAGCAGACACUUUUUUUCAUUCCAAAAUGAAAGUCGGUUACAAAAACAGUUUGGUUACCAACAUUCUUUAGAACAAAUUAUUUUGUGUUCUAUAGAAGAAAGAAAAACAUACAGAUUUGAUAUGACAUGAGGGUAAGUAUAAAUGAAGUUUUCAUUUCUGUGUGAUUUAAUUUUUUUUAAAUCACUGCAGCUUGACUAAAAUAUGUUGAAAUGUGCAAUGCAAGACUGUUAUCUUAUAGGAUCCAAACUGUCAAAUUAUUUAUUUAUACCUGGUACAUUGAUCAAAUCAGUGCAUGAACCUCAUUUCCUUGUCAUACUUAAUUCAACAAAACCCCAUGUUUAGCAACUGAAAUUGGUGAAACAGUUUGUUGCAUUUCUAUUUUCAUGUAAAACAUGAUAGUAUAACUUGAAAAAUGGACUGAAUGGAAAAGCACUGAGAUCCUUUGGGCGUAACUGACAGAGUGCCAUGCAUUGACACUCACAAAUGCUUGGGUUAGUAGUACAUGUUGAAUGUUGAAGGCUAGAAGCAUUUCUCAUUAAACAUUUCAGGUUUCUCAUCAGUAAAACGUGAUUUAAACCAUGUUGCUUUAAUUAAGUUGUAAUUAAGAAUUUGUAAUCUGCUUCUUGAUCAUUUUAUAACCGAAAAGUGAAAUGAGUAGAUAGAGAUUUCAUGACUGAUAUGUGUAUAACUAAAAUGGAAGUGAAGUGUAAAAAUUUUUAAAAAGCUCCUAUAGUAAAAAUAAUUGAAGUGUUGUUUGGUCAGGGGAAGAACAAUGAUGGAUAUCAUAUAGCAGCAUUCUAGCAUCCGCUAUGCCUUUAACACUCUUUAUGCCUUUAUCUGCAGCCCUUAAUCAAACAUUAAAGCAGAAUGAAACAUU